AUGGUGAGCGGGGAAGUCCGCAAGAUACACGGAUCCUUGGUCGCGCUGAAGACGGACUUUGGCUGGACACUGCAGGGCCCAGUUCCUCAGGUUUCUUCUGUGCUGUCCUGCACUACUGUGGCCGUCUUGAACACCGGCGUCGCAAAACCGACCUUGAGCCUCUCAAACGAACUUCGAGCCUUCUGGGAGUUGGAGAGCCUCGGAAUCUCCGUGAACGACUCUCCGCGCGGAAAAGAGGAAGAACAAGUAAGAGAAGAUUUUACUUCCUCCCUAGCUCUGGUCAUGGGCCGUUAUGAGGCAAACCUCCCGUGGAAGCCCCUAAAUCGACCCCUAGAGAACAACGAAGCCGUUGCGCUACAGCGUCUAGACAAGUUGGUUCGGCGUUUAAAAGGCAACACCGAAAGACUGACGCAGUACGACUCAGCGAUCCGUAGCUACCUGAAAGAAGGUUUUGCUGAAAAAGUGCCAGCAGGCGAGGUGGAUACCACUUGGAAACGAGUUUACUACUUGCCUCAUCGUGCUGUUUUUAGACCUGACAGUUCUACGACUAAGAUACGCAUCGUGUUUGAUGCGCCUGCAAAGGCACCGGGCUGUCUGUCCCUCAACGAUGCAUUGUCUACGGGCCCAAGCCUCAAUCCGGACAUGUUACAGCUGAUCAUCAACUUCCGACGUCCUGCGAUUGCCUUCACCGCAGAUAUUGAGAAGGCCUUCUUACAGAUUCUGAUCCAGGCAAGGGGCAGGCACGUCUUCAGCACUUUUCACAAUAGGAUCGUCGCAAAAACCCCCGGCUGA